AUGGAUUUCAAUCCAUUUCAAGACAAUGCCUGUUUUGUUGAUCUACUUAAUAGUCAACAACAUGUAGUCUUGGGCAGUCAAGAAGAACCAAUCCAUUGUGAUGAGCCUCCGGCAGAGCGUAGGGAACGAAGGUCCUGGUCUCCAGUAGAAGAUAUAGUGCUUAUCAGCUCGUGGUUGAACACGAGCAAGGAUCCCGUAGUUGGGAAUGAGCAGAAGUCAGAGGCGUUCUGGAAGAGAAUUGCAUCAUACUACUCGGCGUCGCCUAAGCUCUCUGGUUGUGAAAAAAGCUCGUGGUUGAACACGAGCAAGGAUCCCGUAGUUGGGAAUGAGCAGAAGUCAGAGGCGUUCUGGAAGAGAAUUGCAUCAUACUACUCGGCGUCGCCUAAGCUCUCUGGUUGUGAAAAAAGAUCAGGAACUCAGUGCAAGCAACGUUGGCACAAGCUUAAUGAUUUGGUUUGUAAGUUUUGUGGGGCGUUUAAAGCAGCAACCAGAGAGAGAAGCAGUGGUAUGAAUGAUACUGAUGUGCUCAAAUUGGCCGACGGAAUCUUCUUCAACAACCAUCAAAAGAAAUUCACUUUAGAGCAUGCGUGGAAGGAGCUUCGCGCAGAUGAGAAGUGGUGUGAACUCUCCACAGCAAAAACAGUAAGCAGCUCCAAAAGGAGGAAGCUCGAGGGUGGUUCACAUACUGGAAGCUCUCAAGUAAAGGGAAACAAUGCUGGUGUUGACGAUGACGUAACAUGUCGUCCUGCGGGUGUGAAGGCUGCAAAAGCCCGUGGGAAGAAGCCGUUGGUUGAGGAUAAAGAGAUCUAUGACUUCAAGACUAUUUGGGAGAUGAAUGCAAGAGAAGUUACGGGAUGGUUAUUCAACUUGCAAGUCACAAUGGCGUUGUCCUUAUGUCAAGUCAUGAGUCUGUAUAUGUCACGAGUUUUAUGUUUGUGUAUGUCACGAGUUGUAUGGUUGUCUAUGUCACGAGUCUGUUUGUAUGUUUCUUGA